AUGGCAAAAUUCCCAGUCCUGAGCCAAGGGCUUAAACACCUACCGGAACCCCGGCAGCUUCAACCGGGCGAGAUUGUCAUCACUCGCUUCAAGAAUUCAAUGCGUAAGUACAGAACCGACCUCUGGGUUGGGGUCGUGAUUCCUCAAACAUUCGGUCCUUCUCGUCACUUGAACCGGCGGCCCACCACUGCGCAGCCUACAGACGGCCCUUGGACAACACACCUAAAGGAUCGCAUGUACCCUCUUUACCUUCCCGGUAUCAAUAUGUAUCGCUACUCCGGACUUCAAGACAUCUUUAUCUUAAAUGACAAGACUCCGAAUGUCUUCAAGCGCGCCAAGCGAGAGCUGGAAGCAAAGGUCUGGGACGACCUUAUGCGAAUAAUCGGGUUUGCGCCUGCCCUGGACUGGUGGCUUGAUAUGGCUCAACAAGAGGCGGGAAGCAAGGGAAAGCGAGGCCGUGAAAUGCGCAUUGUGCUCCCGAGUGGCUCUGAGCACUACCUCGAUGAUGACGACGCCGAUGUUGAUGAACAUGCGGAAGACCAGGAUGGGGGCGAGGCUGAGUCUAAUGGAUCCGCAGAUGACUAUCUCCCUGACAAGCCAGCCACAUCACCCUCACACACUGUGGAACCUGAUAAAGCAGAUGCGCCCACUUCAUCCAAGGCCCAAGGCACUAAUGAGGCUUCUGCGUCUGAUAAUACCAGACCUGCUAGGUUUUCCAAUGCCUUGGGUUUUUUCUACGAUGGCCGUGAAUCUUUUGCCUUCAACGACAGGCCCUGCACUCCAGGCCAAGGAAGCUCUGUCGUCAGUCUCAGGGCUGGUCCUGCAACUCGAGACUCAGGCUCUCAUCCAUUUCAACAAGCUCAAUGGAUGACUCGUGGCAACUUUCCAUCCUUCGAUUCGAAGCCGCCUAUCGGGAUCGGUGGGGUUUCAACCAAAGAGGAGGAUAUACAUAGCGCGAGUGAUGACCCGGCAAAGGGCGACAAAACCUUCGACAUGUCAGUACGCGAGGCAUUUCAACAAAUAUUCCUCAACACUGAUGAAUCCACCUUGCUUCUGAACGCAUUUCGGGACAUCGUCACAGUUCAGCAUCAGAUCGAGUUUGACAAGAUCCAAUCGUUCUUGACCGAGGGAGAAUUCUCCCCAAGGCUCAUUCAGCUGCAUAAACCCCAGUCAUUUGCGCCAAUGUCAGUAACUCCACACCAGAUCGGUGACCAAUCCUGUAUUGGCCGGACGUAUCACCUGGAAGGAAUCAGCGACACCAAUGACCUCGAGGCAGCGAUUCUCAGUCUAGGAAAUCUGUACCGACAGGCUCGGUGUUUCGAACUGGCAGAUCUAAUAGACCUGAUCACUUUCAAGCUCCAGGUUGCGUGGAAUUCGUAUCCAGCUCUGUUUCAUCUCAAGCCCCUACUCAAGAUCACCAGUCUCAUUUUCCCCGACGAUCACUACGACGAGAAUACUCAUGAUGUCCUUCAGCAUUGGAUGUUGCACUUCUUUGCUGAGACUUAUGACUUGUUCAACUACGACUGCUCCGAUAUGUUCUGGUCGGUAAUGCGCGCAAAGUCUGGACUCCUAGAUGCCGUGAUCAUGGUGCGAUCUGGGCUGAUCUCCGAGAAUCCGAAGCUGUAUUCUGAUCCGCAGGCCCUAAUACGGAGCCGUGGGGUUGCAAAGUUGUGA